ACAUGAUUUAAUCAGCCGAUCUCAGAGGGACAGCCGAGGGCGCUCAGUCCGCCCAGGUACACAUACACAGGAAAUCGGAGCUAUAUUUUACUUUAAUCUGGGUUACUUUAGCAGAUUGCAGUCUGUCCAAUCACAGAGAGAGUCACUAAUAUGCAAAUGCGCUGUUAUCGCCGUCACGUCAGCAGCACCAGAGCCGCUGCGCCGUGGUCGCCAGCAGGAGUACAACUAACAACACAGCUCCAACUUCGCCCGACAACACUCUGCCAACACUGACGCCUGGAGUUGCGCUUUAGGGGUUACUUCCAGGAACACCACAUAAUGGAGAUGCUCUAACUGUGAAGACUGACUCACUGGGACCAUCUUGGAUCCAGAGGUGCCCUCUGAUUUCUGUCAUGGACUUUUUUGACGAUCCCAACCUCUUUGACGGGGGUUUGGAUGGGCUGGAUGAAGAUGGUUUCCAUUCAGCACCGUCGCUUGUGGAUGAGCUCAAUCUCAGUGCUGGUUUUGAACCCCUUCAAGUGGAGGCACUUGGCCCGGGGAAGCAUCAAGAAAUGAUGCCACCAGUCUCUUCCCAACAAGCUGUGCCCAGUUACAACCAGCCGAUGGUUCAUUAUGCUGGUGUUAAGGCAGAGAAUCCCCUGGGGCAGAUAUUUUCUGGUUCUCGGAGCACAGGUUGUGACGUGGGUCCUGAGCAACAUGGCCAGUACCAUAGUGCCACUAUUAGCCAAGUACCUCCACCCAACGGACUGUUCUGCAGUACUGGAAGCCCAAUGUGGGGCAACCAAGACCAAAAUGGGAACAUGUUUCACCAUGUAUCUCAACAGCAGCAGCAGCAACAACAACAACUUUGUCAUCAGCAACUGCACAACCAGCAACUGCAUGGCAGACAACAUACUCAGCAGCAGCACCGUUCUGGUCAUCAAGCUGAGCAGCAACAGAGAAUGCGACAACAACAGCUCCAACAACAGCACAGUCAUCAGCAACAGCUGCUAAACCAGCAUCAACAGAUUACCACAGCGAGUGUUUGCCUGCAGCAACAUCAGCAUCCCACAUUCUCCUUUCUCCAGGGAGGUCAGUCCAGCAGCCAGCAGCAGAUACACCAUUCUCCGCAUCAACUACCUGUAAGAGAAUCCCAGUUUCAUUCCAGGAGUCUUCCAGGUAAGCCUUUUUUGGAACAUCAGAAUGCCUCUUUGAGCGGGGCCUGCUUGCAAACACGUCAGCAGCAGGGGAGCUACCAGUUGGUCAGGGGAAGUCCGGCCUUCUCCGGAUCAGGACUCGAGGACUCUCACCUUUCAUUCCCCAUACAUCCAUCAUCUGCAGUACACUCCUUGCCUGCAUGCUCUGUCAGUUCAGCUCAUGCUUACCAAGCGGCGGAGUUCCCUGCCUACCCUGGAGAGCCAGAAAUACCCAGUCUCAGUCAGCAGUCUUCAUGUAGGCCCAUCACUACUACACCAAUUACUACUACAGUGCCUAGGCUGCCUGGGACAGCAUGCCAGUUCCAGUCCACAGCACACGUGAGUCAGCUGCACUCUGGAACAACGGUUAGCCAGGCAGACGAGUGUCCCUUCAGAGCCUUACGCUGUUCUGGAGAAACCCAGGCAGUCUGCAAAUCAUCAGAGCUGUUCGGCGAGUCAGUGAGUUGCUAUCCAAGCAUGACAAACCACCUGCCCUCUGAGCAGCAGAUCAGCUGCGGGGUUAUUAACACUAAUGGGUACCAAGCUUUUGGAGACAAUGUUAUGCCAUCAGAGGCCCAGGAUGGAGACUUGGAAGCCCUGGAUCCUCCUGACCUCCUGCCUGAUCUGCUCCCCCAGCUGGAGGAUGCUUUCAGGCAACAGGACGAAUCCAGCUGUUCUUGGAUUGAUUCCAGUCAGAAGAAAGGGCACGAAAACAGGAAACCAGCAGCUAUCGAAUGCAAAGAGGAGAAGCCUCGAAAAAACCCCAAUGGUCCCAGUAGCCAGGUGCGGGUCCUCAGUCCCCCUGUGAAGAGCAGCUCUUCCUCCUCCUCGUCCUCUUCUUCUUCGUCUUCAUCCUCAUCCAGCUCCUCAUCGGAGAAGAGGGUGCCACGGAGGACACACCAUCAGAUGGAGUCAAAUCUGCAUGAGAAGCAGGAGAAGGCCAAUAGGAUAAUAUCAGAAGCUAUCGCCAAGGCCCGACAGCGAGGAGAGAAGAACAUCCCACGAGUUAUGAGCCCGGAGAGCUUCCCCAGCUCUUCUUCUCAGUACAAGAGCCACCGUGAGCGCGAGCACAAGGGAAACGGGAAGACCCGGAGCAAAGAGAAAUCCUCCAGGAAGGCCUGCAUUGUACCCUCCUCAAAGUCCAAGCAAAAGACUAAGAUCGGGAAAAUUGUCAUCAAGAUUGGAAAAAGGAAAAAGCGAAAGCCAGAGUCAUCAGAGGAGGAGUCUGAUGAUGAUCCCCCGCCUCGUCACUCUUCUAAGGAUGACGAUUCUAAGAGGCGGUCGAACCGUCAGGUGAAGAGAAAGAAGUACGCUGAAGAGCUGGAGGCCAGAUUGUCAGAUGAGGAUGUCAAAGUUAUUGUGAAAACCAAGAAAAGCAACACUGCUGCAUCCAAGGACCCUGCUGUUCAGCUGUUUGUUGAGAAUCCUACAGAGGAGGAUGCUGCUAUUGUUGACAAAAUCAUGUCUUCUCGUAUCAUGAAGAAGGAGGUAUCUCCAGGUGUAAUGGUAGAAGUGGAAGAGUUUUUUGUAAAAUACAAAAACUACUCCUACCUCCACUGUGAAUGGGCCACUGAGCAGCAUCUAGAAAAGGACAAGAGGAUUCAGCAGAAGAUCAAACGCUUCAAGAUGAAACAAGCACAGAGGGCGCUCUUCUUCACAGAUAUGGAUGAGGAACCUUUCAACCCAGACUAUGUGGAAGUUGACAGAGUGCUCGAAGUGUCGUACUGCGAGGACAAAGACACGGGAGAGGAAGUGGUGUACUACCUGGUGAAAUGGUGUUCUCUGCCUUAUGAGGACAGUACAUGGGAGCUGAAGGACGACGUUGAUCAGAGCAAGAUUGAAGAGUUUGAGCGGCUGCAGGCAGUCAAGCCAGACUCGCGCAGAGUGGAACGGCCUCCAGCCAACCUUUGGAAGAAGAGGGAGCAGUCAAGGGAGUACAGGAAUGGCAACACACUCAGGGAUUACCAGCUGGAGGGGGUCAACUGGCUUCUUUUCAACUGGUACAACAGGCGCAACUGCAUCUUGGCUGACGAGAUGGGCCUGGGAAAGACCAUCCAGUCAAUCACAUUCCUGGAAGAGAUCCAUCGUAUCGGCAUCAAAGGGCCCUUUCUCAUCAUCGCCCCCCUCUCUACUAUUGCAAACUGGGAGCGAGAGUUUCAUACCUGGACUCACCUUAAUGUCAUCGUUUACCACGGCAGCAUGAUCAGCAGGCAGAUGCUGCAGCAGUAUGAGAUGUAUUUCAGAGAUGCACAGGGUCGCGUGAUUCGGGGUGCCUACAAGUUCCAAGCUGUGAUCACCACGUUUGAGAUGAUCCUGGGCGGCUGUCCCGAGCUCAAUGCCAUCGAGUGGCGCUGCGUGAUCAUCGACGAGGCCCAUCGUCUUAAGAACAAGAACUGCAAGCUGCUUGAGGGCUUCAAACUCAUGAACCUGGAGCACAAGGUCCUACUGACGGGUACGCCUCUGCAAAACACAGUGGAGGAGCUUUUUAGUCUCCUCCACUUCCUGGAGCCGGCACGCUUCCCCUCUGAGAACAACUUCAUGCAGGAGUUUGGUGACCUCAAGACAGAGGAGCAGGUGCAAAAGCUUCAGGGCAUCCUGAAGCCCAUGAUGCUGCGUCGUUUGAAAGAAGACGUGGAGAAGAAGCUGGCUCCCAAAGAGGAAACCAUCAUUGAGGUGGAGCUCACCAACAUCCAGAAAAAAUACUAUCGCGCCAUCCUGGAGAAGAAUUUCUCCUUCCUGGCUAAAGGAGCCGGCCAGUCAAAUAUGCCCAACCUGGUCAACACCAUGAUGGAAUUAAGAAAGUGUUGCAACCACCCCUACCUCAUCAAAGGGGCGGAAGAGAAGAUCCUGGAGGAUUUCAGGGAAGUACACAAUCCCACUGCCGCUGACUUUCACCUGCAGGCGAUGGUGCAGUCUGCUGGAAAGUUGGUCCUCAUUGACAAACUGCUGCCCAAGAUGAAAGCAGGAGGCCAUAAGGUGCUCAUCUUCUCCCAAAUGGUGCGCUGUCUGGAUAUCUUGGAAGACUACCUCAUUCAGAAAAGGUACUUGUAUGAGCGCAUCGAUGGACGCGUUCGUGGGAACCUGCGACAGGCUGCCAUAGACCGCUUCAGUAAGCCCGACUCGGACCGCUUUGUUUUCCUUCUGUGUACGAGAGCUGGCGGCCUGGGCAUCAACCUCACCGCAGCAGACACCUGCAUCAUCUUUGACUCUGACUGGAACCCUCAAAACGACCUGCAGGCUCAGGCUCGCUGUCAUCGAAUCGGUCAGAACAAGGCGGUGAAGGUGUACCGUCUUAUCACCAGGAACUCGUACGAGCGAGAAAUGUUCGACCGCGCAAGCUUGAAGCUGGGACUGGACAAAGCAGUGCUGCAGAGCAUGAGUGGCCGUGACAACAGUCUUGGAGGAGGCACGGGAGGAGGGGCUGCACAGCAGCAGUUGUCCAAGAAAGAGAUUGAGGAUCUGUUGCGACGUGGCGCCUAUGGAGCCAUCAUGGAUGAGGAAGACGAAGGGGCCAAAUUCUGUGAGGAGGACAUUGACCAGAUCCUCCAGCGAAGGACGAAGACCAUCACAAUUGAGUCUGAGGGACGAGGAUCCACCUUUGCCAAGGCCAGUUUUGUAGCAUCUGGAAACCGCACAGACAUCUCUCUGGAUGACCCUAAUUUCUGGGACAAGUGGGCCAAGAAAGCUGACAUUGAUAUGGAUAUGGUCAAUGGCAGAAACAGCUUAGUGAUCGACACUCCUCGUGUAAGAAAGCAGACGAGACCUUUCAGUGCCACCAAAGACGAGUUGGCAGAGCUGUCAGAGGGUGAAAGUGACAGCGAUGAGACCAAGCCCAAGCUCAGAAGAAACGAUCGCCUCAACAGUUACGGCCGCACGGAGUGCUUCAGAGUGGAGAAGAAUUUGCUUGUAUAUGGAUGGGGUCGAUGGAAAGACAUCCUCAACCACGGUCGCUUUAAGAAGCAGCUGACUGAGUGGGAUGUGGAGUCCAUCUGCAGAGCCCUUCUAGCUUACUGCCUGGUCCAUUAUCGGGGCGAUGACAAAAUAAAGAGCUUCAUGUGGGACCUCAUAGCGCCGACUGAAGACGGGCGCACCAAGGAGCUGCAGAAUCACCUCGGCCUGUCUGCCCCAGUACCUAGGGGCAGAAAAGGCAAAAAGAUGAAGACCCAAACUAGUUCUUUUGACAUCCACAAAGCUGAGUGGCUCCGGAAACACAACCCUGAGCACAUGCUGCAGGACGACGGCUACAAGAAGCAUCUGAAACAUCAUUGCAACAAAGUGCUGCUCCGGGUCAGAAUGCUCUACUACCUGAAACAAGAGGUGAUAGGAAGUCAGGCCCAGAAGGUGCUAGACGGCGGGGACUCCAGUGAGGUAAAGAUCUGGGUGCCGGAUCCGGACCACUCAGAGUUGCCAGCCCUUUGGUGGGAUGCAGUCGCCGAUAAAUGUCUGCUGCUUGGUGUCUUUAAGCACGGGUAUGAGAAGUACAACACUAUUCGUGCAGACCCAACUCUGUGCUUCUUAGACCGCGUUGGGCGACCGGAUGAGAAGGCCAUCGCUGCAGAGCAGAGAGGCAAUGACUUCAUGGAUGGGGAUGUGGAUGAUCCAGAGUACAAGCCUGCUCCAGCUCUUCUGAAAGACGACAUGGAGGAUGACGCCUCUUCCCCUGGAGAUUUGGUUGUCUCUGAUAAUGCUGGAGACGCACCUCCAGUGACGGAAGGCCAGACUUCCUACUGGCCCUCUCCCUCAGUGUUGACAGCCAGACUGAGACGACUGAUCACGGCGUCUCAGCGCUACACCAAGAGCCGGCAGAUCCUACACAUCCACCAGACUCAGUCCCAGUCUCAACCCCAGCAGGCCAUGAUGCUCUCUGCUCCCAUCUGCCCGCUGCCCCCCGCACUUAAAGACACACUCAACCCCAAGAUGGCUGCAAAGAUUGAACGCCAACAGAGGUGGACCAGGCGAGAAGAGGCCGAUUUUUAUCGGGUUGUGUCUACUUUUGGUGUCGUUUUUGACCCAAGCCUCGGGCGAUUUGACUGGACCAAGUUCAGGGCCAUGGCCCGGCUGCACAAGAAAACGGACGAGAGCCUGCAGAAGUACCUCUGCGCCUUCACUGCUAUGUGUAGACGAGUGUGUCGCCUGCCACCCAAAGAUGGAGACUCUGCGGCGGAUCCAUCCCUGACCAUCCAGCCAAUCACAGAAGAGCGAGCCUCUCGUACCCUGUACAGAGUAGAGCUGCUUCGCCAGGUCAGGGAACAAGUCCUCAGACAUCCACUGCUGUUUGAACGUCUGUCCCUGUGCCAGAUGAGCUCCGACUUACCCGUGUGGUGGGAGGCCGGAACUCACGACCGCGACCUGCUGAUCGGCGCCGCAAAGCACGGCGUCAGUCGGACGGAUUACCACAUUCUGAGAGACCCCGACCUGUGCUUCAUGGCAGCCCAACGCAACUACAGCCAGGUGAAAGCCGCACAGCAGCAGCAGCAACGCACAACAACCCCGCUCCUGCUCCCUCAGUACCAGGCUGCCGGACCGUUACCGACAGGCUCCCCGCUGCCCCCGCCCACCCAGAGAGACCCGGAUCCCUGUGGGAUUGUGCCUAAAGUGGAAGCAGCCUCAGAAGAAGAGGAGACUAAAGAAAGGCAGGGGGAGAGCUGGAGCCCCCCACAGCCUCCAGCGACUCCAACAGGCCUGGAGGAGAAGCCCAUUUCCGUGGCGAAGGACAGCGAGAGGCAGAUGGUGGCAGCGCGCACCAAGCCGCUCACACCCAACUCCACAGAAAGGAAACCCAAGAAGGCGAGCAAAAGGGGCCGCAGGGAGGCCCGGCGAGGCUCCGAGUCCGAUUCGGACGGUUCCUCCUCGAGCUCUUCGUCACGAUCUUCUUCAUCCUCGUCCUCAUCUUCUUCCUCCUCCUCACAUUCCGGGUCCAGCUCUUCCUCCUCCUCCUCAUCUUGCUCCUCUGGCUCUUCGUCGUCAUCGUCAUCAUCCUCCUCCUCUUCUGAUGACAGUGAAAGUGAGGGAGAGGAAGCAAAGAAGAAAGUGCCUGUAACAACAAGUGUUAAGGGUUUCGAUGAGGACAGCGUGGCCUCCCUCAGCACCACACAGGACGAAAUGCAAGACUCACACGUGUCUGAAAAUGGAGUCACAAACAACUCCUCCCAUCCUUUCCAGGGUGGAGGCUACAUGCUGGCUGCGUCAUACUGGCCCAAGGACCGUGUGAUAAUCAACCGUCUGGACAGCAUCUGCCAGGCCGUGCUCAAGGGCAAGUGGCCUGGCCACCGUCGGGUCUACGAGCCCGGCAGCACAGUCGCCUCCUUCUACACCACCAAACUGCUGGACAACGCCAACAGCCUGUGCGAGGACCCCUCUGCCUCUCCACAGGGGUCAAAGGUGACCAAGCAUGUUGCAGAAAACAAGGAGUUCUCAGUAAAGCUCAAUGAUCAGGAAGGAGGUCUGAAGCUGACCUUCCAGAAGCAGGGCUUGCCUAUAAAGAGGCCCCUAGAGUCUGAGGAGGGCCCCCAGGCCCAGCAACAGUAUCUGGCCCGGCUUCAUGAGCUGCAGAGCGCUUCGGACACAGGCCUGGCAGACAUAACCAAACCUCAAAGCUCUUUCCAGACUGUAAUUCCGGGUGUUAGUGGUCAGAUGAGGUUGAACGGAGUAGUGGACGGCCAGCCAGUGGUUAAGAAGCGACGAGGGAGAAGGAAGAAUGUAGAAGGAAUGGAGCUGCUCUUCAUGAACAGGAAUAAAUUAUCUGCUACUCCUGACCCGGUGGCUCCAGGAUGGGGUGGAAUCGGCCAGGUGGGCAUCGCAGGAGCUGCUGCACAAAUGAACUCCAGUCAGAUCCCUGCAGACACAGACACCAGGAUCCCCGUCAUCAACCUGAAGGACGGCACCCGACUGGCAGGUGACGACGCUCCCAUGAGAAAAGACCUAGACCAGUGGCUUAAGGAACACCCAGGAUUUGUUGCAGAUACAGGAGCUUUUAUCCCGGGGGUCAAUAAGAUGCAGAUGCAGUUCCACUUCCAAGAUGGCCGACCCAAGCAGAAGCGGCACCGCUGCAGGAACCCUAACAAGAUCGACGUCAACAGUCUAACUGGCGAGGAAAGGGUCCAGAUCAUAAACAGGAGAAAUGCUCGCAAGAUCGGUGGAGCUUUUGCUCCUCCUCUGAAGGAUCUGUGCCGGUUCCUCCAGGAAAAUCCAGAGUAUGGGGUCCCACCUGAAUGGGCUGACGUGGUUAAACAGUCGGGUUAUCUCCCUGAGAGCAUGUUUGACCGGAUCCUGACUGGACCCAUCGUUCCCGAGGAGGUGAGCCGACGAGGACGCCGACCGAAGAAUCCCCUGGCCAAGGCAGCGGUGGCUGCUGCGGCUGCAGCGGCACCCAGCUCUGCACCCUCCGCCCUGGGUUUAAAUUCCCUACUGGCUAACGGUCUCCUCUCUGGCAUGGACCUCGGCAGUCUGCAGGCCUUCCAGCAAAACCUCCAAAGUUUACAGUCCCUGCAGCUCACUGCAGGCCUCAUGGGACUGCCGCCAGACGCCAGCAACCUGGCCGCGAGUAAUCUCGCCGCCAUGUUUCCCAUGAUGCUUUCUGGUAUGGCCGGAUUGCCAAACCUGCUCGGCAUGAGCAGCAUGCUUGGAAAGCCUACUCAGGAAGCUGCGGGAGGUUCCGAAGAGAAGACGAAGGGAACCGACAGCAGCGGAACGUGUGAGCCGUCUAAUGCCCCCUCUAACACUUCGGAAACCAAAGGAGAAAGGACAGAGGACGUAAACACGACUCCUUCCUCCACUUCCAGUUCUGCUUCCUCUGCCACUGUCACACCAAGUGCUUCAGCUGCCUCUGCAGCCACCAGUCACCCACUCUCUCUUAACCCCUUGUUACUCUCCAGUAUGCUUUACCCAGGGAUGCUUCUCACUCCAGGCCUUAACCUUCCUGUGUCUGCCACACAGUUGCAGAGCUCAAACAGUGACCCUUCAACCCUUCCAUCUGCUGCUGCUGCUCCUCUUCCUUCUGCUCCUGCAGCCUCCCAGUCCUCCCUGACUGAAGCGGAGCAGCCAUCAGGAAAGGAGGAAGAGGAGGAGGAAGAGGCGCCCGAGGAGGCUUUGGACGACGAGGAAGAGGAUGACGAGGAAUCUGCAGAACCGAGAGAAAACAGCGGCCCUGAAGGUUCAGCGAAAGCCGAGUCAUCUUCGUCGGAGUCCGGGAGCUCUUCCUCAUCCUCUGACGAUUCGGACUCCAGUGACGAGGACUGAACCUACGAAUAGAAAAUGAAAAAUUUAUUUAUGUAUUGCCUAGAAAUGUAGACAUUUAUUCACAUAUAUAUGGAUUUUCCAGCACUUAUGUUGCGAUUUCUUUACGUGUAAAUACAAGAACUAACUACGUUGUGUAAAAAAAGACUGUAAAAACCUUAAAAAAAAAAAAAAACUGACUUAAAGGAGCCAGAAAAAAAUGUCCAUGUCUGUUCACAAGGUACAGUCUUGUAUUGAGACUUUUUGCAUGUCAGACUUUGGUAGACUUUCUGAACUCUGUGAACUUGUACCACCUGAUUAUGUACAAUUGCAACAGAAGAAAAGGCAUUAUUGUAAUUAUGUCAGGAUUAAUUUUAUUAAAAAAAAAAAGAUGAAACUACA